AGCCAACCGUGCGGCUCAGUAAAAUGGCUGUAUGUAGCGGAGCCUCGUGUUGGUUGGGUUCGCUCCCUGCUUCUACCCGGACUCAGUAACACAACUCCCACAACAAUUUCUGUCGCUUUUUUACGCAUUGUAUGGAGCGUCCAUCCUAUUUCUAACCCAUUUACGGAACCGGAACCGGGAUGGCAGCCGGAUUCGGUCCGGUAUAAGGGGUGGGAAUGAAUCGGCACAAGGAUAGAUGGUUAUAAACAAUUAUUUAUAUUCAAUGCUAGCUUUUGAUUGUGACUGACUCGCGAGAGAGCUGGUGGUGGGGUGGGGGGGUAUAUCAUGGCCGCUCAGGUCGCCACUCUUAACACUAGCCCGCCUUCCGAACUCAAAAAGCCCGAUCGAGACCCCAAGGACGAGUCGGUACCGGGGGAGAAGCAGUCAGACAAAACGCAGCCCGGCUUGGACAGCGGAUCGCCAGGCCGGGGGGAUCUGCAGGACGGGGCCGACGGUGGAAAUGCAGGGGGAGGAGGGGAACCUGAGAUGAAGAACGGGAAUGGGAACCCGCCCAGGGCUAACAAUAAUAACCAGAAUGACUCUGUCGGACCGGAGGGAAAUAACCACCCCGGUUUGGUGCAUCACCACGGCACCGCGUUUCCUCCCUCUUCGUACGGAUAUAAUCAGCACUACGGUCGGGCCCCUUUUCAUCAACAUGGCGGACAACAAAGCCCUGGCAUGGCAGCUGCGGGUCCGGUCGUGCAGUCGAGCAACAUGAUGGACCCGUAUCAACCUAAUUCACAAGAGCAUGGCUUUUCAAACCACCAGUUUAACAAUUACAACCCGUUCCCGAACAGGACUCCCUAUCCCGGGCAGGCGUACGCCGUGAACUCCCCUCGCAGUACCCAGGCGCCGACAGCUGGGGGGCAGCCAGCUAACGUAAAGCAGCAACCGCCACCAGCGGGAGGACCCACGGCGAUGGCCGGAUCUUACAGUAACCAGAGAUAUAACAUUGGAAACCCCCAACCUACAUCCACACCGACACUCAACAAGCUCCUAACCUCCCCCAGCUCAACGCGGGGAUAUCCAAACUACCCGACUAACGACUACAGUAGUCAAGAAGGAGCUAGUAAGGGACCAGCAGACAUUAGCGGGCUGUAUGGAGGGAGCAAUCUGGGGUGGCAACAAAGAAGCCAUCACCCGUCGCCUUUGAGCCCGGGGAGUGCCGGGCAGACGCUAGUAAGAAGCCAGGUCCAGCCACCUGGUCCUAUGGACCCAAUGGGAAAAAUGAGAGGUCAAGCAUAUGGAGCAGGCAGUCCAUACAGUCAACAGCCGCAGCAAGGGCCUCCAGCAGGUCCACAACAGGGGCCUGGUUACCCUGGCCAGGUUUAUGGCCCUCCAGGUCCUCAGCGAUUCCCAGUGGGAAUGCAAGGACGUUCCCCCGGUGGCAUGAGUAGCAUGCCGUAUGGUCCACAGAUGGGAUCUUAUGGACAGCAGGGACCAGGAGGCUAUGGCUCUCAGGGCCAGGCACCAUAUUACGGCCAGCCGGGCCAGACUCCUCACCCAAGCCAGCAGCAAACCCCCUACUCCCAGCCCCCAGCUGGGCAACAGGGUGGCCCGACACCUUACCCGGGGCAAACCCACCCUCCGCCGACUUCUGCUCCACACACCCAGGGAGGACAGCCCUAUCAGCAGCCCCACAUGCCCCCACAGUCUCAGGGGCCACUGGCAGGCCCUCCCCAAGGGCCUCCACAGUCUCAACCCCCCUAUUCCCAAGCCCCAGCCCCGCAGUCUGGCCAGUCUCUCUACGCCCAGCAGCAGGGUCCUCCCAGUCAGGCGCCGCAGCAGCAGCCAAGUUCCCAGGAACCCCCUGGAUCACAGGGCCAGUCCAACUACACAGGAGCCACACAGGGGCCUCAGCAGCCCCCCUCACAGCAACAGCAGCCACAGUCUCAGCCGCCACAGCAGCCACCGGGACACAGCCAACAUCCACAGGGCCAACAUCCACAGGGCCAACAUCCACAGGGCCAACAUCCACAGGGCCAACAUCCACAGGGCCAACAUCCACAGGGCCAACAUCCACAGGGCCAACCUGCAGCGUACCCGCAGCAGCAGCAACAACAACAACAACAACAACAACAGCAGCAACAACAGCAGCAGCAGCAACAACAGCAGCAGCAGCAGCAAGCACAGCAGUCACCUUAUCAGCGCUUUCCUCCUCCACAACAGCAGGAGGUAUCCCAGGACUCAUUUCAGUCAAACACCCCUCCAUCCACUCAGCCUAAGUCUGGCCCAGAGGACAGUCAAGGCCGCCCCUCCAGCCUCCCGGACCUGUCGGGGUCCAUUGAUGACCUGCCUACAGGCACAGAGGGGGCCCUGAGUCCCGGUGUGAGCACGUCGGGCGUGUCGAGCGGCCAGGGUGAGCAGAGCAACCAGCCACAGUCGCCCUUCUCUCCCCACACGUCUCCCCACCUGCCAGGCAUCCGGGGGCCCUCACCUUCGCCAGCCGGCUCUCCUGCCGGCGCCAGCACACCCCGCACAGGACCGCUGUCGCCCGCCAACAUGCCAGGGACCCAGAUGCCUCCGAGGCCAUCAAGUGUGCUGUCAGAUGGGAGUCUACAUCCUGCAAUGAGUCAGUCUCCUAUGGCCCAGGACAGAGGGUUUAUGCAGAGAAACCCUCAGAUGCCCCCAUAUGGCUCCCCCCAGUCAGCCUCUGCACUGUCUCCUCGCCAGUCCUCCGGGGGACAGAUGCACCCUGCGAUGGGCCCAUAUCAGCAGAACAACUCAAUGGGUGGCUACGGACAACAGGGAGGACAAUAUGGCCCCCAAGGUUAUCCCCGACAACCUGGUUAUAGCAACAUGCCCAAUGCAAACUACACAGGGCCAGGCAUAGGCCCAAUGAACUCCAUGGGAGGACAGGGUGGGGGACCGCCAUAUGCUGGCAUGCCCCCGGGAAGGAUGCCUCCUAAUCAAAUGGGAGCACGCCCCUAUGUCCCCAAUAUGGGUCCAAAUAUGGGCCCCAGCAUGGGUCCGAACAUGGGCAACAUGCCACCCCAGGUAGGCUCAGGAAUGGGUCCUCCUCCGGGCAUGAACAGAAAGCCCCAGGACCCCACUGCCAUGCAGCACCCUGCCACCAACUCCAUGCACAACAGGAUGCCUGGUUACCCUAACAUGACUCCAGGCAUGAUGGGCUCCGGCCCACCCUAUGGCCCGCCCAUGAACAACAUGCCUGGAAUGAUGAACACUCAAGGUGGAUCACCCUAUCCUAUGGGGCCAAACAUGGCCAAUAACUCCAGUGGUAUGGCCCCCAGUCCAGAGGUGAACAAUAAGAUGAAUAACAAAGUAGAUGGGAGUGUAACCCCGAAGCCAGAGCCCAAACCGAAGAAGUCCAACUCUUCCACUACAACCAAUGAAAAGAUAACACGUUUGUAUGAGUUGGGACCAGAGCCUGAAAGGAAGAUGUGGGUGGACCGAUUUUUGGCCUUCAUUGAAGAGAAGGCCAUGGGCCUGACCAACCUGCCUGCUGUGGGACGCAAACCCCUCGAUCUUUUCCGGCUCUAUAUGUCAGUCAAAGAGAUCGGAAGCAUGGCACAGGUGAGUAAGAAUAAGAAAUGGCGUGAUCUGGCCACUUCCCUGAAUGUGGGUACAUCCAGCAGUGCCGCCAGUUCUUUGAAGAAACAGUACAUCCAGUGUCUGUAUGCCUUUGAGUGCAAAAUCGAGCGUGGUGAGGACCCUCCUCCUGAGAUUUUUACAGACAACAAAAAGAGCCAAGCUGCCAAGGUCCAGCCACCCUCUCCAGCGUCCCUCUGCUCCACAGCUGGGUCAGGCUCUCUGCAGGGCCCUCAGACACCCCAGUCCACCAGCAGCUCCAUGGCCGAGGGGGGGGACCUAAAGCCUCCCACCCCAGCCUCCACUCCUCAUACCCAGAUGCCCCCCAUGCCACCCGGGUCCAGGAGCAGCGUUAACCUGCAGGACCCCUUCUCUGACGGAAGUGACCCUGCUUUCCCUCGGAAGAACAUGACGCCCAACUCCGCCUAUCAGCCAGGCAUGAACACGCCAGACAUACAGGGGCGCAUGGGCACCUACGAACCCAACAAGGACCCCUUUGGUAACAUGCGGAAAGUCGGGGAGCACUUUCUACCUGCUAACCCGGGCCUUACCAGCGGGGUAGGCGACCAACAGCAGCAGCAACCGCCACAACAACAGCAGCAGCAGCAGCAGCAGCAGCCGCCACAGCAGCAGCCUCCAUUCAACAGAGGACUGCCUGGGGCCAUGGGCACGAUGCCAAUGGGGCCCAGACAGCAGUUUCCCUAUGGACCAGGCUACGACAGGAGUUUAAUCAGAUCGGAGCAAGGAAUGGGACCAGAGGGCAACAUGGGAACCGGUGCUCCUCAGCCAAACCCGAUGAUACCUGCCAACGCCGACGCUGGGAUGUAUUCGCCAAAUCGCUUCCCACCACAGCAGCCACGGCAUGAUUCCUAUGGUAAUCAGUAUGCUGGACAGGGAACGCCCCCUACAGGCUCCUAUCCAAAUCAGCAGCCUGGAAUGUACCCACAACAACAACAACAGAGUUACAAGCGUUCUGUGGAAGGGGGUUAUCCUCCAGCAAAACGUCAUGAGACGGAGUACACUGGGCCCUUCCAUGGUGGACAACAACCACCGCAGCCGCAACAGCAAGGAGGGGCCCCUGCACCCUCUUCAGGACAGCAGGAGCCGUACAAUCAGUACAGCGGCACUGGGCCCUUCCCCGGCGCUGAUCACCGUCCACCUGGCCCCGGCAAUCAGUUUCCCUUCCCCUUCGGCCGUGAACGUAUGCAGGCAACGCCGGGGCCCAACGCUCAGCCCAACAUGCCCCCUCAGAUGAUGCAGCCAGGCCCCGAGGGACCUCAGGCAGGUAUGUGGCAGGGGCCGCGAGACAUGAACUAUCAGAACUACCCCAGCCGGCCGGGUGGCCCUGGGGGCCCACCCCAAGGACCCGGUUACCCUGGCAUGAACCGCCCAGAGGAGAUGAUGUCAUCAGAACAGCGUAUGAAUCACGAUGGCCAGUGGGGGGGUCAGAUGGGCCCGCGGCAGCCUCCUUAUGGUCCAGCUGGGCCCGGGCAACCUAUGCCUCGUUCAGUACAGUCCACCUACCAGCCCCUUCAGGGAGUGCAGAACCACAUUCCACAGGUGUCCAGCCCGGCCUCCAUGCCCCGCCCCAUGGACAGCAGGACAUCGCCUAAUAAAUCUCCCUAUAUGCAGGGAGUAAUGAAGAUGCAGAAGGCCGGCCCCCCAGUGCCUGCAUCUCACAUAGUACCCGCUCCGGUGCAGUCGCCUCUCAUAAGGCGAGACAUGCCUUUUCCCCCAGGCUCUAUAGAAGCGUCCCACCCUGUCCUGAAACCACGUCGGAGACUCACCGUGAAAGAAAUCGGAACCCCGGAGGCCUGGAGAGUCAUGAUGUCAUUAAAGUCUGGUAUGUUGGCUGAGAGUACGUGGGCCUUAGAUACCAUCAACAUUCUCCUGUAUGACGACAACAGUAUUUCCACCUUUGAGCUCAACACGUUGCCUGGCCUACUAGAGUUGGUGGUUGAGUAUUUCAGACGCUGCCUCAUUGAAAUCUUUGGCAUCCUGCGGGAGUAUGAGGUGGGAGACCCUGGCCAGAGGACACUACUCGAUCCCGAUGCCUUGAAACGAGACUGGGACAGCACGGAGGAAGAGGAUCUGGGGGCUGAAGACGUGGAACAAGAGGAAGGGGAUGACGAAGAAGAGGAGGAACAAGAAACGGAGGGGCCAGCUCGUGUAAAAGAGGAGGAAGAGCAACAGCAGUGCUCCGAAUCUCGGGGUCAAGAUGAGAAGAUGGAGGAUGAGGAGAGGAAGAGCAAGGGUUCUUCCUCUGACCAGACCGGCUCAUUGCAAUCCCUAGCUGCCCAUGAGAGACCCAAACAGGCCAGCAAGUUUGACAAGUAUCCCCUCAAAGUGGUACGAAAGAAAGACCCAUUUACGACCAGCCAGUCCAAUAAUCACGGCAAACUGCAAGAGUUUGACAGCGGGUUACUUCAUUGGAGCGCUGGAGGGGGAGACUCAACAGACCACAUCCAGACUCACUUUGAACCACGCAAAGAUUUCUUGGAACCACGAGCGCGGAUAUCUGUGCCCUCAAGUCUGCUGAAGAGACGAGUCCCAGAAGAAGUGUGUCUGGAAAACUGUUUGCCAACCGAGGGAGAGAAAAAGAAGAAUCAAGAGGAAGAAGAGACCUCUUCCUCAGAGAAGGCCAGCCCCUCCCUCAGCAGUGAGGAGGAGAGGAAAACGGAUUCUGAGACAAAGACGGUUGAUAAAGUCGAUGAAAGUCACCAGGAGAGUAACGGACCCAUUCCUUCCCUCGACAGUGUUUUAACCCCGCGGGCGCAGCAGACCGGCGUCAUCCUGGAGGACGAGCCUCACAGCAAAGAUGAAGGGCCGCUCAUUGCACUGGCUAACUGGCAGGAUUCUUUAGCCCGCCGCUGCGUUUGUGUCUCCAACAUUGUCCGCAGCCUCUCCUUUGUGCCGGGCAAUGACCACGAGAUGUCCAAACAUCCAGGGCUGCUGCUGCUACUGGGACGCCUGAUCCUGCUCCACCACAGGCACCCCGAGCGCAAACAAGCUCCCCUCACCUACGAGAAAGACGAGGAUUCAGAAGAGGGAAUGGGCCAAAGGGAUGAGUGGUGGUGGGACUGCUUGGAGCUCCUGAGGGAGAACACGCUGGUCACUUUGGCGAACAUCUCGGGCCAACUGGACCUCUCCAUCUACCCCGAGAGCAUCUGCUUGCCUCUGUUGGAUGGUCUCCUCCACUGGGCCGUCUGCCCAUCAGCGGAGGCCCAGGACCCCUUCCCCACCUUAGGCCCCCACAGUGCUUUGUCACCCCAGAGACUGGUCCUGGAGACGCUAAGCAAACUGAGCAUCCAAGACAACAAUGUGGACCUCAUCUUGGCCACUCCGCCAUUCAGUCGGUUGGAGAAGCUAUACGGGAACCUGGUGCGGCUGAUUGGGGACAGGAAGGUGGCGGUCUGCAGGGAGAUGGCUGUUGUCCUGCUUGCCAACCUGGCCCAGGGUGAUACCGUGGCGGCCCGAGCGAUCGCCGUUCAGAAAGGAAGUGUGGGCAACCUGUUAGGCUUCUUGGAGGAUAGCCUGGCUGCCACGCAGCUCCAGCAGAGCCAGAGCUCUCUACUACACCUACAGGGGAUGCACUUCGAGCCCACAAGCCCGGACAUGAUGCGGCGAGCGGCCCGGGCUCUGCACGCCUUAGCCAAGGUGGAGGACAACCACUCAGAGUUCACACUACAAGAGUCCCGACUCCUUGACCUUUCAGUGUCUCCCCUAAUGAACUCGCUGGUUUCUCAUGUUAUCUGUGAUGUACUUUUUUUGGUUGGCCAGUCAUGACAGCUGUAGGGAGCCGUGGCUCCACAUUUUGGGGUUUUUAAUCCCCCAUUCCCCCUCUUCCCUGGAAACCCGGCUUGUGUGUAACAGGGCAAGGAAAGUUCAAGUGACUGUGUUUAAUUUAUGAAAAUCCAUCAGACUCCCAUUCUCUGAGCCCUCCCCAGGCCGUCCCUGCUCGAGGAGGGUAAUCGCAGAGCUGUGGUGGAUUACAAACCAGAGAGACGCCCGCAUAGUGACACUACUUGUAACAUGAACGCCAACUGGACGACACAGAGUAGAGCGCCACGUUUGGGAGACUGUUCUGCACUUGGGGGGAAAAAGUACUUUUUAAAUAAAGAUAAAUAAAUGAAUAAAUAAAUAAAUAGCUGAAAAACAAAAACUGUAACCAAAGUUGCUGUCUCGUUUACAGUGAGUUUGGGAGACACAGUGUGCCCUAGCUCUCCCCUCGAGGGCACAAUGAGUCUGUAACUGGUUGAAGUUCGGAGGUGAAGCAGACUGACAAGUGGCCUACUGGUUAUAGUUGCUGUAGUUGGAUUUUCACCAGUCAGCCCGACAGUAGACUAAGUGCUGUCAAUAGACACCUUCACCGGGGAGGCCUGUGCAGUGUGCAGUAGAUUGUAGGACAUUUUCUGUACCGUACUGCUCUUGAGUGUAAGCAUUCUGUAAACACACGUUUCACACAGAAGCAGAAGAUGCAGCUCUUCUAGAGUUUUGAGGUCAUUUUUAGUUUGGUGUUCAACAGAAAAUGGCUUUCUUCCCCAAAGUAUCAAGAACCUACAACACCCUUACCUCCUCUUAUCCCUUGAUUGUAUGAAUACCCUUAUGAAAAGAAAUCACCUCUUAGGACUGGUUUUCAACUUCAAAUACAGCUUUGCUGUGGUGUAUAUAUAAUGUUGUACAUUACACUUCCUUUCUCUGUGUCUGUCUCUGUCUGUGUCACUAUUCUCACACUUGUUAUUGGUGAGGGAUUGAGGCUGAUGCGAGUUUGGUCCCCACCGAUUCGACCCACACCUCUGGUCUCUCCACAGAUCCGUAGUACGACAGACACGGCUCAAACCUGUUAUCUCCUGGUACAACAAGAAUAAACUAGAUGAAGUACACAUUUGACAACUUUUCUUCAGUCAUGGAUUCUGCAUAUUUGUAUUUCAGACUAUGUAGCUAAGACAACAUGUAAAUUCCUCCCUUUCCGUUUUUUGGCUCAAUGAAUAUCAUUUAUUCAGUAUGAAAUCUUUAUACUAUAUGUUCCACGUGGUAAGAAUAAAUGUACAUUAAAUCUUCAUAAGCUGUU